UAUAAACAUUUAAUGUUGAAUAUUGAAGCAGGACUGUGCAAUAUCAAUAUCAUUUACAAUAUUAUUACUAAAGAACAGAAAACACAUUUGCCAAUACACUAAAUAUAUAUAAUAUAAACACAGCAUGUGUUGAAUAUGUAGAAGGAGUACAUGUCUGUAAGAAUUGGACCUAUACUUAGUAUCUGUUACGUGCUAGAUUACCUUCAUGAUGAAAAACAUGGCAAGACAAAAACCUACCAUAAAGAUGGCAGCAGUGUGCCUAUUGGGUUUGAUUCUUAUAAUAGCAUGGAUGUUACGUGGGCCAAAUCAGAAUCAAAUAUUGAAAUCCAAAUUAGAUGUUUUCAUAAAUCAUAAAAUAAACAAGAAGAAAAUAAACAGCAAAGGGGAGUAUCUGCCGUUCUAUGGAUACACUAUAAUUGCAAAAUGUAGAGAGAAUCAAGGAUUGGAAAAACUUAAAGAUUUCAUCCAGACAUCAUCAUUGAGAAUGUAUUUUUCACCGUUACCUGUAUCUUCAUAUCAUAUGACCAUUUAUGAUGUUUGGUCAGUAUCAAAACGCCCUGUUAUUGCACCUGUUCAAAAAUGGAUGGACGAACAUGGCAUCACCAAAAUCGACAAUUCUAAACUUCUACCACCAGAUGCAAUGCGAGAAACGCUACAACGUGCUCAGAAAUUAGCCCAAGAGAUGCUACCAAAGUCAAUAAAGGUCAGGCCCAAGAUGGAUCCUUAUGGAAGACCAAUACGCAUACUUGAGAGCAUGCUCGUUGAAAUAAUGGAAGAAAAAGAUCAGAAAAUGGUAGAUAAAUUUCGUGAUACGUGUUCAGAGAUUUUUGGCCAUAAAGAUGAGCGUUUAAUUGGUAGACUUCACAUUACUUUAGUCUAUCAGUAUAGAAAAGUUCCUCCACAAGAAAUAGAUGCCAUAAGCAAUGAUUUACAGAAACUUGAGGAUCUUGCAAUGAAACUCUUCCCUAUUGAACUGGAUCAAGGUGACCUUGUCACAUUCAAUGAUAUGACAGAGUUUACAACAUAUAGACUUUAGACACAUUCCGAAACAAGACAAACAGAAGACUUAAUAAGUAAACAAAUACAUUACAAUAUAUUAGAAAUACAGAAUAGCAAAUCCAACAAUUUCCCUUUUAUUAAGUGACAAAUACGUAUUCCUGUUAUAUAUAAUAGAUAUCUGAGGUAGGCGGGAGAUAUAUAUAUCACCCGCUCAACAAUUCCCAGUAAUUUCGUUUUAUAGAUGUGGAAUUUUAAAAAACGAUAAAUGUUAAGAACUUUACAUUGAGAUUUAAGAUAUUCAUGUUUUGAUUGUAGUUUGUAAAUAGAGGUUAUUUAAUGGGAGGGAUGGAAUAUGAAUUCUAUUCCGAGGGAAAAUAGUGUCAAUAUGAUAUUUUCCGAGGCCAAUAUCAUUUUCUCAAGGAAAAAAUUCAUAUUCCAUCACGACCAUCAAAAACCUAUUUAUUUUAUAAUAAUUUUCUAAAACUUAUUUAUUUCUAAUUUUUGUAUGUCAUCAUAAAGGACAUUGAUUACCACAAACUCAUCAACAACUAUUUAUUUUAUUAUUAUUUCACUAUAGAUUGAACCAGAUAGAAAAGUAAAUUUCAGAUGCAUUUUGUCAACAAACACCGGUACCUGCUUCAUGUGAUACAGUAGCUGUACAAUGUUAUAGCACAUGUAAAACUAACAAUACAGCAAAGCUAACUUUCUUUCAAUUAUGUUGUAUUCAUUUUCUAAUCAUUUGAAUGAUGAAAAUUGCAGUUACUGUUUUUUUUGUAAAUGUUGACAAUUAAUACUUGUAUAUCUCUGGGGCUUUGUAAACUAAUUCAAUAAAUAAUACAAAUAACAAUCAUUUUGAACUUUUCAUGAUCAAAAUAACGAGGCAGUUGAAGUGUCUCUCUAGGCAAAUAAAACAACCCAUGGCCACUGUACUCACACCACAGUAUACUGUAGAAGGAUAUAUGAACCUG